UAUUCUUGCCUUGCUCAUCCGGAAAGCCAAGAACGAUGCCGAUGGGAACAAAGCACGGCCUUUUAUCUUAGCUAUCCAUUCCUAUAACAAACCCUCUAGCAGCGUGCAGCGUCCCCUCCUUAAUAUCUUCUCCAAUUCGAUUCAAUGUUAUCCGUACUUGUGCCUUCAAGGUAGAAGAAGAAUGGGCUUUGCGAUCAGAGAUCACGACUCCAAACUUGUCGUAGUUGGAGGAUGAUGCAUAUUCGACGUGGCUAUCAUGGGAGCAGAGCUAAGAACUGCGUGGAAGAGCAUCACCUAUACAAUGCUUAUUCUGGAUGAAAUGGUGGAUUUUGUCUGCAAUCUCUGCUCUCACUUGUGCUGCUGCCGCGCCGUCUCAGAGCCCGAAACACAGAACCCGGCGAGCGGCGGAGAGAUGGACGGCGGCGGCGGCGGAGGGGAAGGGAUCACCCAUCGGACGGUGGCGGUGAACGGGAUUAACAUGCACGUGGCGGAGAAGGGGGAGGGGCCGGUGGUGCUCCUGGUCCACGGCUUUCCGGAGCUCUGGUACACGUGGCGCCACCAGAUCCAUGGCCUCGCUGCCCGUGGCUUCCGCGCCGUCGCCCCCGACCUCCGCGGCUUCGGCGACACCGACGCCCCGCCUGGCGUCUCCUCCUACUCCAUAUUCCACCUCGUCGGCGACCUCGUCGCCCUCAUCGAUUCCCUCGGCCAAGACCAGGUGUUUGUGGUGGGGCACGACUGGGGCGCGAUGGUGGCGUGGAGUUUGUGUAUGUUUCGGCCGGAGAAGGUGAGAGCUGUGGUGAAUUUGAGUGUGGCGUUCACGCCUCGGAAACCGGCCAGGAAGUCGGUGGAGUAUUUGAGGUCCCUCUAUGGAGACGACUACUACGUUUGCCGAUUCCAGAUGACAUUGAUUGGCUCUAAGUACCAAAGAGUUUCCAACUGUCUCUUAAUUAACAUUUUUGAAUGCGGUAGGAACCUGGAGCAGCAGAAGCAGAAUUUGCGCGUCUUGGUACAGCAUUGGUUCUCGAAAAGUUUUACACAUAUCACUCUCCAGAUCCCCUUUUUAUCCCCAAGGAAGGAUGGGGUUCCCCUGACACUGAAAUCCCAUUGCCUUCUUGGCUCUCGAAAGAUGACAUCAAAUAUUAUGCUAGCAAAUUUGAGAAGACUGGUUUUACAGGAGGACUGAACUAUUAUCGGUGUUUAGACUUAAAUUGGGAGCUUACAGCACCAUGGACUGGGGCGCACAUAAAGGUACCAGCAAAGUUCAUUGUGGGAGAUGUAGACCUGACUUACCAUACACCUGGAAUCCAGGACUACAUACACAAGGUUGGUUUCAAGAGUUAUGUUCCAUUACUUGAGGAAGUAGUUGUAAUGAAAGGAGUAGGCCACUUCAUCAAUGAGGAAAAACCACAUGAAAUUACUGUGCAUAUUUACAACUUCAUCAAGAAAUUCUGAUUUGCAAUUAUAAUUCUUGUUAAGCUCAAUUCUGGUGCAGCCAUCUAUGUUGCAUAUAAAUAAAGCAAUUAUGUCAAACAGCUUAAUGGAAGCUGUUGUGCGAUUGUAUAUCUAUGUAACUUGUGUGCAUUUGUUUUGGUCUUGGAGGAUUUCCUCCUGUUUAUCGCAACUGAUUGGUUGAAGAUGUAGCUGUGGUGUGAAUUGUUGGAACCGAUCAUUAAAUAUAGCUCGCAGCAUAUGUUCCAUGAGUA